AGUUUUGCAGAGCAGACUGUGUGCGACAAGGUGUAGUCUGCAGGGAGUGGCUCAUUUAAGGGGGAGGCAUGAGAAAAAGCCAGAUCUGUCUGUGAGCGCUGGGCAGAAUAUCCGAUUAUUGCAGGCUUUAGCUUCCAAUUGGUCCCUCAUGGCGUACGCUGCGUACUGGAUGAGCACUCAAGGAAGAGUGGCUGCUCCUCAUCUUGAAGUCCAUCAUAGUAGCAAAGCUUCACUCUAUCCCUCUGCCGUGUCUCAUUAUGGAAAGUCACAGUCAAGCCAAUCUACACCCAAACCGGCACCUCAGGUCUCUCCUGGGAGCACGGCACAGUUCGAGAAGGCACAUUCAGGAUCCACCAUGACCACAAAACCCGUUGCCAUUACCACAGCAGCAGGCGGGGCCGCAGGGACUGGUAUGACAGCAGGAGCAGCUGCUAAAGCUGGAACUGCAGGAAAGGAUUCACCUAAAGCCAAAGCAGAGGCUUCUGCAGGCUCCCCAGUCAAAGCCUCAGUCCCAUCUUCUCUCACUGGAAAAGCUGACACCACUGCGGAGACAAAACCUAAAGACACAGCCAAGAGCACAACUGCAACAGUCAAAGCCGAAGCACCUAAAACUGAUGCUGGUAAAACGUCUAAGCCAGCUGCAGCAACUGUGGCUGGAAAUGUUUCAGCACAAGCAAAGAACGAAGACUCUAAGACAGCAAAAACUAAGGUGCAGGUGGAGGUUCCUCCCUCCUCAGUAAAAGCAACAACAACCAAAAAGGCCCCUGCUGCUGAUCCAUUAGAUGCCCUGCUCAGCACACUCCCAUCAGCUGAUUCUCUCACACCCUCACAGCCUGCUUACUCAGGGUCAGAGGUUGUGGAGAAUGUAGUCACCUUUGAGACAGUCCCGAAAUGUGGAGAAAGAGACGACACCCUGCCUCCAGGAUACAGAUUGAGAGACAUGACUCCAGUUCCUGCAGAUGUAAAACCCAAGGAGGUUCCAAAACCGCUGAGCACAGAUGAAGCACUGGAUUCCCUGUCUGCUGGUUUUACAUCUAUGGUUCCAUCUGCCCCAAAAAAGCCGGAGAGAACUGAAAGUUCAGCAGUAGCUCCUUCUGCAGCUGCUCCCCCUGCUGAUAAGAAAGCCAGGAUGGAGAAAACCUCAGGUGGUUUCUCGUUGGACGCCGCUCUUUCCUCCCAGAAAGCGGUUCCUGCUGCAGCUGAUAAGAAAACAGCAGCUGGACUGGAUACCAAAGCCGGCACUCAGCUCAAGCCAGAACAGGGUGGCUCCAUCCCUGUGGAUGCCCUCUGUGCUCUCGAUGACAUGUUGGGACCAGUGCAGCCAAAACCUGAACCUCCUAAACUCAGACCUGAAGAGGUGGUUAAGGAAACAAACAUCAAACCUGAUGUAGGUGUUUUUGUAGGGGAGAGAGAGGACACCCUCCCUCCAAAUUACAGGUUUAAAAAGGACGAGUCCAUGAAUCUGCCUGCUCCUAAACCUGAGCCGACUAUGGAAACCGGAGAAGCUUUGGACAUUUUGUCCGGAGAUUUCAUGACCUCAUCAGCAGCACCUAAAGUCCAGGCUCCAGUGGUCAGCCCUUCAUCAGCCCCUGCACAGAAAACUCCUCCUCCUGCUGUCGGCAAACCUCAGACAGAAAAAGUAUCUGGUGAUUUCUCUCUGGAAGCGGCUCUGUCUCCUGGCAGCGCUCAGAAAGUGGAGUCUUCUGGAAUUCCACCUGUUUCUGGAAAGAAGCCUGAAGAUGUGUGCGCUGGUGGUCAGGGCGCCUCUAUGUCUCUAGACGCACUCAGUGCUCUUGUUGACACACUGCCAGAAGACAAACCUAAACCAGAAUCCCCCAAACUAAAGCCGGAAGAAAUCGUCUCUGAAGGCCAAGUAAAGCAGGGAAAGGGUGUUCGAGUAGGGGAGAGGGAUGACACUCUUCCUCCUGAUUAUAGGUUUAAUGAAGAAGAGCUAAAGAAACUGCCUGCUCCAAAACGAGAGCCCUCCAUUGGGACUGAUGAAGCUCUGGACAUUUUGACUGGAGACUUUACAACCUCCUCAUCAGCUGCUCCUGUCCAGACUCCAGUGGUAAAACCCUCAGGUCCUCCAGCCCAGACAAAAGUGGAGGAUUUGGCUGCUCUUGAAGGUCUAGAUUUCGUAGCUCCAUCUAAAGCUUCUGGAGUCCAGGCACCUGCCCCUCCUGCAACAAAGAAAACUCCAGAGAAAACUGUUACUACAAAGGAGCAACAAAAGACCCCAAAGGGAGACUCCAUGUCUCUGGAUGCUCUCAGCGCUCUCUGUGACACCCUGCCAGAAGACAAACCAAAACCCGAACCCCCUAAACUCCGACCUGAAGACAUUGUCUCGGUGGGCAAAAUUGAAAAAGAGAAGGGGACGUUUGUGGGUGAAAGAGAAGACACGCUGCCUCCAAACUACAGGUUUAACAAGGAGGAACUUCAGAAACUUCCUGCUCCUAAACCUGAGCCCACCAUGGGAACCGGUGAGGCUCUGGACAUUUUGUCAGGAGACUUCACGGCCUCCUCAGCGGCCCCUGUCAGCCAGGCUCCUGUUGGGCCCCCAUCUGCUGCUCCGGCACAGCCAUGUGACGCUGCCCUGGAUGCCUUGGCGGGAGAAUUUGUUGCCUCCUCUGCAGCUCCACCUGUUAAAUCUGCUCCAUGCGUUCCAGCGGAUGCCGGUGUGCCGCUACCUGGAGAAGCAGACAACGCCCUGGAUGCUCUGUCUGACACCUUAAAGGAUAUUGCUCCCGUCCCACAGCCCGCCCCUCUUCCUACCAAAGACGUUGUCAAGGAGAAAAAAAUUGUAGAAGAGAAGUUGAUUAAGAUGGGAGAGAGGGAUGACUCUCUGCCUCCUGAGUACCGGCCAACCGAGGAAGAACUCAAGAAACUUCCAACGGAGAAAGCAGCUGCAGCACCCGAAGAGAAGGCUAUGGAUGACCAAACUGCCUUGGAUCUGCUGUCUGGUGACCUCGCUACGACCCCUCAGCCUCCUGCACCGGUCAGCACAUCCACCACAAAGCUGGAGCCUCCUGUUCUGGACUCAGAGCCAAUGAAGCCAAUGUCUGGUGUUGCUCUGGACGCUCUGGCUAAUAAACUGAUCACAGACCCCCCACAGCCGAAAUCUAAAACAGACAAGCCGAAGGGCAAGAGCAAGUCAAAGUCAAAAAAACAAGAGACAAAACCUGCUGCGGGAACAUCUGCUACCGAGGAGCUCUCGGCUCAGCUGAGCUCGGAUGUUGUGCCCACAUCUACAACAAAGGGAGGAAAGAGCUAGUUUACUUGGUCGUGAGUGUAACUCCUCCUCCAGGCCACGGGGGUUCAUCAGUGAGGGAGCUGCUUUUUGGAUAUUGAUUCUAUUUUUCUAACUCAUCAAGAAUGUAUAGUGGUUGACCGGCAGACUUAGACACAACCUAAAACACUUGCUCAUAAAAGGCAAACCCAAACAUAUCUACGAGCACUGACUUUCAUAGUUUUCCAGUCAAACAAGACAAACCUUUUUGUUUCUCCCUUUAACAUAAUGAACUAAAGAGACUUUUCACAUCAAAAAACGGUCUAAAAAAAAAAAAGAUAGAGAGAGGUGAUGAAUAAAGACUGUAUGGAAACAAAACCAAAAAACCUGUAACAUUAAAGUCCUGCAUCUCAGCUGUUGUGACACCUGAACAUCAUGAUGCAACAGAUAAUCAUAAGCCUAGAUUGUGUGGGAGCACUACGGAGCGAGUGUUUUGUGUUGGGAUGUAUGUGCAAUCUUGAUGUACACAGUAAAAGCCAAGUUUUCUAUCAAGUUGUGGUUAAAUGCCAUGGAGACACUAGUGUACAGCUUUGUGUGCGGAUAUUUGAAAUAUCGUGUCGUUUACAUGAUUUAUGUGGAGGUUUUCCAGUAGGUGUUGUGCUUACUUCUGCAUCUCAAACAUUUUUUGCAAAGGCUCCUUUUGUUUCUGUCAAGAAAUAUCUGUUAAUAGAAGGGUCUUUUAGAGUUCCUUGUUAUGA